UCUCUGAAUAUUUACAGACAGCUAUCUCCUCCUUCUGCGCAUGCUUCCUACGGUAUAUAAACUCCUGCCCAGUCAGUCUCCCUCAGAUCACAGUUGCCACUGAUCAGAACCAGGAACUUUUAGUUGCAGCUUAGGCGUUCAGUUACUGUUAAGCUACACAUUGGACGUAGUGGACUUAGUCGCUUUUAGACAUUGUCACAUUUUCUCUGUGGCGCUUCAAGUGGAGGCAAGAUAUUUACCAAGUACUAGUACAUUGACAUUAAAUACAUCUGGAGAAAUGGAGUGCGUUAUGAUGACCUCAGCGACAAUCAUGCCGAUACAUGGACAGUUUAGUUUUAAAUGCUGGAGAGAGCGGCAGUGCCUUAAACCAGGAAGCGGAACGAUAGAAUUCGACGAAUUUUUAAGUAUGAUGUCAAAAAACAAAAGCAGGGAUCCGGAGAAAGAAUUGUUGGACGUGUUUCACGUUUUCGACCAAAACGGUGACGGGCACAUAGACGCAGACGAACUUUACGACGUCUUAACAAAAAUAGGAGAAGUCAUAACAAAGGCUGAGGUUCGUGAAAUGAUCCAAGAAGCUGAUGUUGACGGUGACGGCACAGUAAAUUUUACAGAGUUUAAAAGGAUUCUGACGGCGAAAUAAGUAAACUCAAUAUCUGACUCUCAUCUGUGAUUCUGGGAACUGGCGUGGCGUUGGAGUUGCGCAACGAUAAAACGCGACGGAAAGGCCCCCUACUGAGCCAGGCAGGAGAAACGACUUUAUGCAAUAAAAGGGUUCUUAUUUACAUCAAGACUAGAUAACCGGCCCGACUCUGUAGAGUGUGUCUGUGAAGAAUUCAAAAGAUUUGCCGAAAAAAAAAAUGACGUGUCUUAAAACGCCAGCAAAGAAACAAGACCCGUCUUAAGGCACCAAAGCGUCGAUAUUCAAUCUUCUGUUAAUUUGACAUGUUUUGUUUAAAGCCCGAAGAAAAUUCUUACAAAAUUCAUUUUAAAUUAAAAUUUUGUGCACGCGCUUUCAUGAAGAUAUAACUUUAACGUUGCUUAAUUAUUAUUUUUUUUCUCAACACAAAGUGAUACCAUAUGACACUACAUGUAAUUGUCGACCAUCUUCGGUCUUUUCGGUAUCCACAGGCUUCAUUUUAGAAGUUCAAAAACAAGGAAGAUAUACAUAUUGCACUGAGUUAAAAUCCAACGUGUAUGUUGCAGUGCACGUUUUUCAGUGUUUUUGUUAACGGCUAAUGCACAGAACCUACACGUAAUCGGUAAAUCUGUUGAGUUAUACUGGAGCACCCAAGCAAAUGCAAGUGCCAUUUCCCAUAUUUGUAAAUAUGCUCUUAACAAAGUGUGAUAUUUGAAAUAAAAUAAUU